AUGUUUGUAAUAUUUAUUAUAUUACAAAUUGUGCUGGGUGCCAAAACGGUGGAAAGGUUUUUGCAUCUCGCCGACGACAAUUUUAUUGAAGAUGUCAGGGAAGACUUGAAAUGUUUUCUUGGAGAAAAAAAAGUUGACAGUGUCCUAGUCUUUCCUCCUGUGAGCAACUACCGCCGUUUUCUCAUACAUCGCUGUGUGGAACAAUUAAGUCGACCAGAGCUCACAACAUUUUCAAUAGGAGUUAAUGACGAACGGAGGACUGUUGUCUGCUAUCGCGACAAAUUAUUGAGUGAUGAAGCUUGUGCAAGACCAAUCAUGGGCCUGACACAGACACAAAAGGGAGAUGCGGCCCAAAAUGACCACUGCCCGGUGGGGAGCGCGGCGCGCGCGCAGCCUCUGGAGAAGCCCAGAUCCGCUUCCACGAAACCCAGACGACCAGACCGAGCGGUCUAUGUGCCGAGGGCGUUGCGAGGUGACUCCGCUACCGAGGAAAAUAAGAGCACAGAAAAUAAAAGAACGAGUCACAGCGCAGACGGAAAGUGCCCGAAAUCUCCCGCGUCCAAAGAAAAGUCCGUUCACGGUACACCCAAACGAUCUUUAGAUAAGAAUUUUUGCAACGUUUACACGCCUCCGCAUCUCAGGAAUCAAAGAUCUCACACUGCACCCGACGAGGCGAGCGACCACCUCGAAGCCCCCAGCGAAAACAUAGACGUGCCUUUCAGCUGCGAAGUGCCAAACGGUGAUAGUGCAAUAUCAUAUAGUGAUAGUAGUUAUAAAGAAUUAGAAGUAGGCGAGAGUUUUUAUAUAGGAGAUUAUUUUGCUAACGGACAGCUAGGAUUUUACACGCCGGGUCUGUACGAAUACACCGGAACUGACGGCUGGAGGACAAAUGAAACUGAAGACUUGACGAUGUCUCUAGCGGAAACUCAAGGCAAUAUUAUCGAUAAGGAUUAUUUAUACGACAAAGACGAGGACAUCGAGAAGAUCGAACUCAAACGAGCGUCACAAGAAAUUAAUAGGAGUAGUAAGAGAAUUAUUAAGCAGACAUUCGACUCGGACGUCUUGGUAAUAUCGGAUCCGAUCGAAGAACCGAGUUUACGUGCGAGCCCUCAGGAGAAGGAGGAAAACGAUGUCCCUAAAGAGCAGAAGGCGAAAUCUAAACCAAAACUGGAGGCUAAAGUGUCGGUGAAGCGCGAAGAGAACGAUUGGGACGCGGUGUUUGACGACAGCGGCGAAUGCUUGGACCCGUCGUUAAUAGAAGAACUUACGUCCACAGUAGGGAAGGUCCACAUAUCGAAGGCUAAGAACAAUUACGAUCAGUACCAAACCCGCGGACAGGCGCUCUUCAACGGGCCGUACGAUGAAACGUUCGCGCAUGUGGUGGAAGUGUACGAUUUUCCCAGUGAAUUCAAGACCAACGAUCUCCUCUCGCUGUUCAGUGAAUACAAGGACACUGGAUUCGAGAUCAAAUGGGUGGAUGAUACCCACGCCUUGAUUGUCUUCAGCAGCGCUAAAAUUGCUGCUGAAGUGCUAUCAACCCAACGCUCUCUGGCCAAGUGCCGUCCACUGCACGCAGCCACUCUCGAAUCUAGGAAUAAGGCUAAAAAAUGCGCGGAGUUCCUUCAGCCAUACAGACAGCGACCGGAGACGUGUACGGCGCUAGCGCGGCGCUUGGUGUCCGGGGCACUCGGAGUUCGCCUCAGCACGGCGAGGCAAGAGAGGGACGAAGAACGCAGGCUCAUCACAAUUGCUCGAGAGAAAAAGCGUAAAGCAGCACUCCACAAAGAAGCGGCGUGGGACGGCUCGCUCGCGAACACACUACAGUCUCUCGACACCUGA